UACAACAAUAAGCCUAGAAGAAAAAUGCAGAGAGAACCAGACUUCAGGGCAACGCUGGAGCGUUUGCAGUCUUGCAGAUCUGUGUGUGAUGCAUUAGACAUAUUGCAACAGAUAAUUGAUGCUAAGAUGGAUUUAGUUAUCCCAGCUACUAGAGAGGAUGUAGAUCUGAUUGUAAGAGAGUUUGAGGAGAGACUUAGACAAGGGGAAAACCCAUCAGAUGUGGAUCUGUCUUCCGAAGUACAGGAGAAGCUAAAAAGGUUCCUGGAUUCCUUCAUUUUGCCAGAACAUAAAGAUGGUCCAAAAGAAGAUGAAAUUGCCAGACAGUUAUCUAGGCAGAUUUCAGAGCAGAAAGAAAAGGAAAUG